UCUUCUUUAUCGCCAUUUGAUACUUACCUAAUGUGUUCGGCCCGUUGUGACUGACCUGGCCCAGUAAUAUGAACAUCUUCCUUGUGGAAAGGAAACCUUAUUAAACUCCUUCAUUAAAACUGGUGAGGAAGUGACAGUAUUCUCUACAAAGACAUCAAUGGAGCCUGAUAUCAAACAGCCAUGAUGUUUCACACUUCGUUCAUUCUGUCUUUUCAUGUCUGACCUCAAUGCUCAAAUAGAAAGAUUGGCAGUAAAUCAGAUUUCUAACUACUAUAGCCCAAAUAGUAAGAACAUGGGCACUCACCUGUAAAACGUAACUUUUAUUCUUCUAUUAAAAAAAGCACAUUCAUAGACAGGCAGAGAAACAACGAUGACUCCGGCAGCCACUGGAAGUAGACAGGCGACAGACUGCUUCGCAGUAAAACUCGCUUCCUCUGGCCUCCGGCCAGAGGAAGCGGGUUUUACCGCGAAACAGUCUGUCGAGGGGUGAGUGCCCAUCAAGUGUGGAGCGUUACGGAGGAGUUCCUAGUUUGUGCUAUAGUUGUUUUAAAUCUACUUGGACUGUGUUCACAUGUGAGCACCACCCUUUAUGCAUUUUUGUCCUGCUUGGCACUUUAGCAUCAAGGAUUACCUUCUUAGUUUUAUAAUGAGCAGUGGUGCCACCCACAGUUUUUUUCUGUCCCUAGUAGAUUUCUAACUACUGUCUCUUCUCUGUAAACACCAUCACGUUCUAACAGUCCAUUUGCUCUUUUUUCCCUCAGCGCAAGAGGCCAGAGGAAGCGGGUUUUACUGCGAAACAGUCUGUCGAGGGCGCACCAAAAAGAAGGAUAUGGAUUCCAAAAACCUAGUUCCUGAAAAUGAAUUGCAGGAGAUGAGGAACUACUUUGAAAAUGAAGACUUUGCAGGAGCAGUAGAAGAAGUGAAAAAAUACCUCGAAGACAUCGACCAAGUCCCACUGAACAUUGCUGUAACUGGAGAACCAGGAUCGGGAAAAUCAACGUUUAUCAACGUCAUCCGUGGUUUGAAUGAUGAGGAGAAAGAUUCCGCCAAGACGGGCGUUGUGGAGACGACCAUGUCCCCAACAGCCUAUUUACACCCACACCACAGAAACGUGAGGUACUGGGACCUUCCCGGGAUUGGAAGUCCAGGGUUCAAGCCGAUGGAUUAUCUGAAGUUAGUCGAGUUCGAUCGAUACGACUUUUUUUUGAUCAUCACAACAGAACGUUUCAGAGAAUGUCACAUCCUGUUGGCACAAGCCAUCCAGUCCAUGGGGAAGAAGUUCUACUUUCUGAGAUCUAAAAUAGACUCGGACUUAAAAGGUUAUAAACGAGGAAGGGCGAACUGCUACAAGGAGGAGGAUAUACUGAAGAAGAUCCGGGAGGAUAGCAUUAAUGGUCUUAAAGCUGGAGGUAUUGGAAAUCCUCAAGUGUUUCUACUGUCCUGCCUGGAACCAGAUAAAUAUGACUUCUACCUCAUCCAGAAGACUUUGGAGGACGAGCUUCCAAGUCACAAGAGACACAUAUUCCUCUUGUCUCAGCCCAAUUUCUUCCAACAGGCCCUGAAGAAAAAAAGAAAGACCUUCCGACUGCAUAUAUGGAAAUGGGCCAUCGUCUCUAUGAUGAACGUUAUAACGUCACAAUUUUCGGGAGCACACAGAGCAUUGUCUGUUCCACAUUUAUCCACCAAUGGUGAUCUCACCCUCAUAGUCAAUGUAUUGGAAGAAUACAAAAAAGCCUUUGGAUUGGAUACAAGAUCCCUUCAAUUACUGGCAGACACUUUUGGUAAAGAUCCUGAAGAUUUGAGGUCUGUGAUCGAAACCCCGACCGCUUCUCAGGAGAUAACUCACGAGUUGGUUUUCCAUCACUUGAACAGCCAAGGACUAACAGACAUGGGGCGAUUAGUUACGGCAUGUACCAAUCAAUUUGUUCCCAAGAUAAGCACUUUGGCCAGCGGAGGUAUCGCCUUUGGUACAACCUAUUGGAUACUCAGCAGCUUUCUAGCCAAUAUGGCAGAAGAUGCAGCAAGGGUGCUGUCAAAGGCGUUAGAGGCUUCAGAUUAAAGUGUCUAGGUCACCUCCGACACACUUGGAAGCAUUGUCUGAAACUUCAGGACGGACUGUCCGUAACAUGUAUAAGACUUUAUUCCACAUAUCUACAUUUCCACCACUCAGGUUUAGUGUUUACAGGAUUGAGGAUGUAAAAUGAUAAAAUGUUUAGUGUCCAUUUUUAUCUCUCUGUUAUGUUGCUAGACAUUUUAUCCCCUACACAAAGGAUAGGUGAUAAGAUGUCCGAUCGUGGGGUCUCACUGCUGGGGCCCCCCACAAUCUCCUGCAGCACUCUGCAUUCUAAACAAACACUGAUGUGUCCUGCAGCAGUGGUCGUGAUGUUACAGCCAUGGCCCCUCGUGACAUCACAUCACACCCCCUCCCAUAGACAUGAAUGGACGGGGGCGUGGUGUGAUGUCACGAGGGCGCGUGACCGUGACAUCAUGAUCACUGCCCCCGUAUCCGAGCAUUCUGAACAAAACGUUCAGAAUGCUGGAGCACCGGAGUACCUCUUUAAAUGACUGACUAUGAAUCAUACGUCUUAAGCCUCAUAUAAAUAGCGGAGUCAGGUGCAUGUAACCUGCAGGCAGAACAUGGAGUCAGUAUUACACAGCAAUACAGUGACCCCCCGACCUACGAUGGCCCCGACAUAUGAUAAUUUCAACAUAUGAUGGCCUCUCAGAGGCCAUCGCAUGCUGAAGACCGCAUCAACAUAUGAUGCUUUUGUAUGACUGCUUCAGCUGCCGUCAGAUAGCCAUUUAAGGUGCCCCGUGUGUUCUGGUGAUGAUCACUCACCUGUACCCGGCGCUCCGGACUGUCCUCUUCGGGAUCCCCUGCAUCGCUGUCGCUCUCCUUCAUCGUCAUCACGUCGCCGCACACACCGUCCCGUCAUCCAAUAGGAGCGGCGUGCGCAGCGACGUGAGGACGGCAAUGAAGCGCGACGAUCCCAAGCAGCAGAGAAGGUCUGGAGCGGCGGGGACACCACGGGGACGUAGCUUCACCAAUGGAGGGCGACAUCCAGGGCAGCGGUGACUGUCCGGAGCGGCGGGGACAGGUGAGUAUAACUUCCUAUACUUUACAUUGCACGUAUCCCUCAACAUACGAUGGUUUCAACUAACGAUUGUUCAUUUGGAACGAAUUACCAUCGUAUGUUGAGGGAUCAUUGUACUCCCCCCGUGUAUUGUUGUUUAGGGCGUCCAUUUGGUACCAUAUUAUGGAAGUAUUCUCUUCUAGAAGCAAUAGAGCAUCCGAUGGAACGUGUCAUGAUCAGUCAGAAGUAGUCCCUGCACCUCUGUACAAAAUCAGAAGAAUAUAGAGGAACUGUAUGGCCAUAAACACUGCUAUGGUGCCAUACAGACCACUGGAAACUUGUUCAUAGUAGUAAUAUGUGAGUUCCCAUGUUCAUUCUUUCAUCUGCUCAGAAAUGCAUUGCAGUCUGUAGAGACGGCACAUUUUUAAGCGGUCCUAGAGCCUGCUACCGAUGGAAUACUUCCCUUGGAUGUCUUAAAGGGGUACAUCACCCCUAAGAUAUCUUAUCCCCAAUCCUAAGGAUAGGGAAUAAGAUGCCUGAUCAUGGGGGUCCUGCCACUGAUCUCGGCUGCGGCACCCCAGUCAUCCGGUGCACGGAGCCAACUUUGCCCCUGCUGGAUGACUGGCGAUGUGGAGUCGGAGGCUCGAGAUGGCACGGCCACGCCCCAUCAAUGCAAGUCUAUGGGAGGGGGCAUGGCUGUGACAGAAUGAGCCUCUGGCGCUGCACCCGGCGUUCUAAACAAAUGUCGGGUGUAGCAUGGAGAUCACAGUGGGUCCCAGCGGCGGGAUCCCCGUGAUCAGACAUCUUAUCCCCUUGCCUUUGGAUAGGGGAUAAGAUGUCUAGGGGAGGUGUACCCCUUUAGGAGCUAAACCCCUUUAACUUAACAGGCAAGUCUGGCAUUCCGCACUGUAGAAAAGAUAUUGGUUAUAUAAAAUACACAUACUGCUGUUCUCAUAUACUGUGUGUAUCAUAAAGUAGGCGUUCUGUGGUCAUUUAUCUUUCCCAGGAGCCUGAAUGGCAAGGCGGUCUAGUGAUAUUAGGGAUUGAUCACUACAGAGCUAGACAAAUGUGGAAUUCAGAAGUCUGGAACAGCUGGAGGCACACUGUCGAAAACACGUUGUUACCCAGCUUUCCCAGACUUCUGAAUUCCACAUUUGCCUUAUAAAGCAAGAUGUAACAGAGGAAACACUUGGUACAUAUAUUUCACUUCCAAAAGACUCAGGACAACAGUGAGUAUAUAGUAUAUACCAAACAUACCUUUACAUAGGUUGUUACCUGACUGUCCAAAGAAGCUGAAAGGCAGAAAUAUGACUGCAUGACUAGGAAGAAUUGCCAUUCAGCAGUCUAGAAAAGUAGUGUGACUUUCCGUGUAGAGCUAUAAUGGAGACCCCACACUUCUGCGUGAACACUGCUGUAUAUACAAAAUUGGGACAUUAGUAGUAGUAGUAGGUUUUCCCCGUAUGAGCGACCAGUGAGGCGUAGCCACCCGGUGCCGCUGUGUGUGUACUACACUUUGUUUUAUGGCACCCAUAAAUGUAUUUGGAGUAAAAAGCAAUUCUACAACUUUCUGAAAGUUUUGUUUGCUGUAACUGCGAUAACAUUGCUAUUACUGAGAUAAAUUUAUAUUGUUUUUGGACAUUUUUUUCUUCUUUUAAAACAUAAGAAUGAUUAUAAUUUUUUUUUUGCAUAUUCUGGCCCCUCAAUUCUUUUUCUCCCACAUACAUACACUAUCUUCUCUCUCUCUCUCUCUCGCUAUAAUAUAUAUAUAU